AUGCACCUCGCCAUGAAUAGCAGCAACGAGUCGAGCGCGGUACAGAGCGUGAUGCGCCAGAGCUCCUUCUUCCGCCUUCCGGCUGAGUUCCGCCACGAGAUUCUCAUGGAGACCUUUGGGGACCACGCCGUGCACAUGGAUCUGGCGCUGGACCGCCUAAUGCUGGGGCCGGCUCAGCGCGCCUCGAGCGCCAGGGCUGUGCAUGGGAACAGAUCUUGGGACAGGGACCACCAAGCACCGCGGAUGUGGUCGUGGGAGCUGGAUUCUCUCGUGUCGCCAGGCGGUACGAAGAAGGUAUCCAUAUCUUCUACGGCUUAA